AUGGCCAACCGGGAAAGUCAGCUGCUGGUUAGGUUGUACACGAACUAUCCAGAUACGGUGGUAGAUAUUGGGGAAAUACUUUUAGGAGAGAAACACAGAAAGAAGAUUGCCUCUGACAAUCUGAAAAGGCAACAAAAUGACUUUUCCAUAGCAGUGUGUGCAUUACUGAAUUCAGGAGGAGGAAUAGUGAGGAUGGAGAGUAAAGACAGGAAUUACAGCUUCCAGAAGGAUGGAAUUGGUCAGGACAUUGAGAAGAUCCUCAGGGAUUGUAUUGGUGGGAACAAGACUGAUGAGUACUUCACCUGGAUGCAGCAGGGAAGUAACCUGCUGCUUUUUGUCAAAACAUGGAGCUGUGGAGACCUGGAGCAGGGAAAUGCAGCCACAAAACCACGUCUCUGCAGCUUGAGCACUGGUAUGUUUUAUAGGUCUGGCACUUCAGUUCUCUCUGUGUCUUCAGGAGAAGCUGCUAAUUUCCUUAGAAUGAAGAAAAGCAGUGCCAACUGCUGCAGUGAGAAUGAGCUGAGCUCAAAGAAAGCUCGGCUGAGUUUAGGUGAGGGUGCAAGGAAGACCCAUCGGAAUAUCCAGGAGCACGACAUCCAAGAUGCCGUGGCCGAGUUUAUAAAGAGAGACAGACUGCUGGCUGGGGAGGUCCUGGAUUUUACAGAAACAACACAUAUCGAAUUUAAGGAAUACAGUACAAAACAUAUCUUGAAAUAUGUGGUAAAAACCCUUCCAAAAUAUGUCUCUGCCUUUGCAAAUACUCAGGGUGGCUAUUUAAUUUUUGGUGUGGAUGACAACAGUCGAGUCACUGGAACACAUGGUGAUGUGGAAAAAGAAGCUUUAGAGAAAACAGUGGCCACUACCAUCAACUCAUUGCCUGUCCAUCACUUCUGUGGCUCUGGGGCUGGCGUGCAGUUCCAGACACACAUCUUGAGUGUUUAUGACAAAGAAGGUUGUUCCAGUGGCUACGUCUGUGCAGUGCACAUUGAACAAUUCUGCUGUGCUGUGUUCCAUGGUGCCCCUGAAUCCUGGAUGGUGACAGGUCACACCACCGAAAGGUUGAGCGUUUCUAAAUGGACGAAGCUCAUGACAGCUGCAGACCCAGAUCUGUCAGAUCUGGCUGAUAGAUUUAGGACUGAGCUCAGCUUGGCACGCAGCCCUCCUCUGACCAAGCCAGUUUACUCCAACAUUGGUCUCCAGUGUGCAGCUGAACUCCAAGGCUGUCUCUACCCAGUGGGUUCUGAUGAAAUCAAAUGGAUGCCAGAAACCCUCUGCACUGACCUCUUCUCAGAGUAUCCUGGAUUAGAGGAUGUAAUGAGAGGACAGCUCCGUGGACUUACCAAGGGGGUACUGAUAUUUUCAAGGAGUUGGGCUGUUGACAUUGGAUUGUGGAAAGAACAAGAUGUUGUGUGUGAUGCUCUCUUAGUAGCUGAAAACGCGUAUCCAGUGUUGUAUACUGUAGUCAAGGAUGCCUCUUAUGUCAGGUCUGGACGCUGCAGAGAAACUGCUCGUACAUUAAAGCAAAAACUAGUCAAUGAUGGAGGAUAUACUUCCAAAGUGUGUGUGAUUCCCCAGAUCCUGCAGCUGAAUGCUGCAAAUGACCAGAUGGAAGUUGUCGUGAAUGAUGUUCCCUGGCAAGAAGCCCCAUAUGAUUACACCAGCUUGUACCCAAGGGAUUACAUCCUCAGCUCCAGGGACAUCCCUGCCUUCCUGCAGGCACUCGUGAUUGUUGUGCUGAGCUUUAAGUCCUACUUAAGUGACCGUCUUGGCUGUGAGAUUUUCAACCUUCUCACUCGCACACAGUUUGAGCUACUCUCCAAGAACCUGCACAAAGUCAGGAAGUUGUUUGUCCUUGGUCUGCCUGGAACAGGCAAAACAAUUGUGGCUUUGAAAAUCAUGGAGAGAAUAAAGAACACUUUUCACUGUUCUCCAGGGGAGAUACUCUACAUUUGUGAAAAUCAGCCCUUGAGGGACUUCGUGGGAAAUGAAACCUGCAGGGCAGUGACCCGAGCUGCCUUCUUAAAGGGGAACUUCCCAGAAGUGAAACACAUUGUGGUUGAUGAAGCUCAGAAUUUUCGCUGUGAUGAAGGAAACUGGUACCAACGUGCCUGGUCAAUGGUCAAAGGAAGAGGUGGUGUUUUAUGGGUCUUUCUGGAUUUCUACCAGACCACUUACCCAUGUGCUUGUGGUCUUGAGCGUUCUGAAAUGUAUCCUCAGGAAUUGUUGACCAAAGUGGUCCGUAAUGCCACGCAAAUAUGUAAUUACAUGUUCAAUCUAAUGAAGAAUAUCCUCGAAGCAGGUAACAUACCUGUGCCCUGUGAGGUGCUGCAAGACUUGUUGAAUCAGGCUGAAUGUGCCCAUUCUUUGCCAGGUGACUGCAUAGUGGAAGAAAACAUGGAAAGCAAUGAAUUGGCAGCGUAUGUGAGCAGGCAGUGCAAGAGUUACUUGGAGAAAGGCUAUCCCUUUGGAGAUAUUGCGAUCCUGUGCGGCACAGUGUCUUCAGCUGAGGAGUUCAGAAAGGUACUGCAACCUGAACUGCAGAGACAAAUAAGGAAGUGCAGAGUCAGGAAGGUCUUGGGGCUAGCGGAAGAUGUUUCAAAAGACGUCAUUGUUCUUGACAGCAUCCGACGCUUCUCAGGCCUAGAAAGGAGGAUUGUGUUUGCCAUCCACCCUUAUGCUCCACAAACAGAGAUAGUUCUCAGCCUUUUGCUCUGUGCAGUGUCCAGAGCCAACACCAAACUCCAUUUGCUGUAUCAGAAGGAAAGAUAUUUUUAA